GUCAAGUGGCCCAUCCCAUUCCCGUUAUCCGAGUCUACCGGGGGGGCACUUGGAGGUCUCACCUCGAGUCCAAACUCGCCUCUACGUCUCUCCUGCUUUCGUCUUUGUGAACACCGCCACCCUACCUAUAAUAAUCAGCUGACCGGCUAUCCUAGAGCAGCCAGGACACGAACGAACGACCUCCCUCCUCUCACAACCAACAAAGUUCAAGCCGUCAAAUGUGGUCGAAAUACCGUCGAUGGUGCCGGCUGCCAUCGUGAUCCUGUACAUCUCCCCUCGCCCCUACAGCGCAUUCGAUCCCGCACCACUGCGCUGCGAGGCCAACACUACCCGAUCCCAUUGAACUGGGUAGAUUUUAGAGCAAAUCCCCCGUCUCCUCGUCAUCUAUCUGGUCCCUCCAAGAUCCUCCGCCACUCCCGCGUCGCACCUGGCAAGUACCUACCAUCCACCUAGCAUUGAGCGAACCCUCCGGCGUCUCCGCCAAGUCUUUUUCAUCGCCGCCGCACCGCCUCCGUCCAACUCCUCUCCCUUCCCUCCUCAACUCUCCAGCGUCGCCGCUCUCCCGAACGAUCGAUCGCGCAGCAAACAUCGCACCCAGCAGCAGCAGCCAGGAUGGAUUACGACGCCGACUCUGACUCCGACUCGGGGAGCAUCUUCACCGACUACCCGUUCUCGUGGAUCCUCGUCCCGCUCGUCAUAUUCGCCGUCGUCGGCAUGCUGCUCGUGUGCUACCGCUACCGCCGACAGCAGAAGCUCCGCAUGCGCUACGGGACAAAUGCUCUCGAGCGGGACCUGGAAGCCAUGGCGCACCAUCCCCGGCCCCGCCCCGGACGACCCGCAGUCGAGAGGUACCACGCGCCCGGCCGGUGGGGUUUCGGGUUCGGCACCAGAGACGAGGGCCUGAACGAGCUGGGCGAGGCCCCGCCCGCGUACACCGCGCCGCAGAAGCGACCCGAUGACGCCGAGGGCGUGGAGCUGUCGCCCAUGCCGAGACAGCCGGCUGGAACGACGGCGAUGGGUGGACCCGGCAUCAACGCGCCACCGACGUACGACGAGAUAGAGCGCGGGUCUGACCGGUCGCAAUCAGCCGCGCCGCCUCCACCAUCGAAUCUACCGGCACCGCCCCCGAGAGCAGUCUUGAGCCCAAACUAGACUCGUGUGCUGUUUUCACCGGGGUUCUCGGGAAAGGCCGCCAGGAUCGAAUAGAAGAGACGUGUUUGCACGGGGGUAAUGGAGUUCCGGGCUGCGUAAUGGCGAAAGCUUCAAGCUCGAGUCGCGCGAUUGAAGGGAUUGUCAUACCGAGGCAGGUCGGACAGGAGAUGUGGCAUCAUAGGUAUUAACGCCUUAGGCGCACGGAGUACUGGCCGGCAUUUGAUAUUAACCCGACUUAUUUCGCUCGGGGGUAUGGGAAAUUGUGCUGGCAUCGGGCGCAUCGAGAAUUCUACAUUUUACACGGCCGCUUCCACAUUUUCCAGCAUGUCUGAGGUACGAUGGCUGUAAUGGCCAGCUUGGCCGUCGCUCUGUG